CUGCCAGCCUGCCGAAGCCCCAGGUGAAGACGGCCUCUCUGGGUCAGGCGGGUAAAGCCCGCUCCCCCUUGUUGCCCGUUUCUGUCCCGACGGCGCCGGACCUCCAGGAAGAGGGCGGAGCCAAGCCGGCGGAAGAUUCAGCCACUAAYGUGUACGAGCAGGACGACCUGUCGGAGCAGAUGGCCAGCCUAGAGGGGCUGAUGAAGCAGCUCAACGCCAUUACAGGCUCCGCCUUCUAACCUCAGCUCCCAGCCCAGCUCCGGGAUGGCCCCGCCCCUGAGCCAGUCUGGCCCCGCCCCUUCAGGYCACGAUGCCACCUGGACUCGGUCUGCCCGGGUCUGAAGCUGGAUCCAGUUCUGGUCCAGGUUUAUCUGCUGGGAUCUGGAUUUUUUUUUUAAAAAAAGGGAAUAAAAACUGAUAAAAAUUGCAGCUGAUCCACUUGGACUUUAGAACCAGGACUAGUUCUGAGGGGUCUCCUUUUGGAAACUCAGACCCCCUUUAGAUCCGACCUCAAACAUAAAAACUGAAAAGUCCCACGCCUCGGGCGUCCCCCGAACACAUCAGGAGGAGUCGACAGAAACCUGCUGGUGGUUUUUAACUAGUCUCCUCUGCUCAGAAACUGGACCUGGACCUGGACCUGGACCUGGACCUGGACCUGGAUCUGGACCUGGACCUGGAUCUGGACCUGGAUCUGGACCCUCUGUAGGAUCAUUUUAAUGUUUUACAGGAGAAGAACCAAACAUCCUCAGCCACCAAAGUCUGACUUUAGUUUUCAUGUUGUGGAGAAAACAGGAAGUGAACGAGAUGAGUCCUAAACCCAGAAACCCUUCAGACCACCGGACCACCGGACCACCAGACCACCGGACCGGUCUCUGAGUCCUGCAGCAGUUCUGUUAAAACGUUUCCAGCUGUACUCGUCCUGUCGUCACAUCAGAACCAGUUAUUUAUGUUUUAAAAAGCAGGAGAAGUUCUGUUGAUGAACAGGGUUUAUUUGAACGGCUCCUCGCAGCAGAAACUGGGUUUUAUAAGAAAAAAAAA